AUAGUGCAGCAAGCUGAAGUGAGAGCUGAAAUGAGGGUGGAGAGGCGGCGUGGCUUUCCUUUCCUACCAUCCUUUGCUUUUCCUUCGGCCCUGUGGAAGCACUCAUCCACACCACUGCACUGAACCCUUUUCACUCUGUCACUGCACUUGAUCUCUCUUUCUCCUUACAUCUAUCUAUCUUGCUUGAUGAAUAGGUCAAGCACCACAAACCAGUAGACCCUCUCAGUAAAGACCAGUGAAAUCAAUUGCUUAGAUUGUAGAACUGCUAAGAGAGAUCAUCCUACUCAAGCAAUGCAGUAGUCUAUUUAAAUAUAUUACCUCACCUCACCCCUCCCCACCCCCACCACCACCCAGUGUCUGGCUCUGUCCCACAGGCUCCCACAGGCAAUGAGGAGGGCCAGGGGGUUUAUCUCUUUCUAGACUUUCUCUUCUCCACCUUGUGUCUUCAUGUUUUGGGGGUCCUCUAGUGCCCCCGCCCUCUGUCAACCCCCCCGCACCCGCUGCCACCACGGCCGGCCAUCCCAGUCGCCUCGUUGCCAUGCCGACAGAGACACUGGCUCCAGCCCUGCCAGAUAGCAAGGCCGCUGGCCCCGCAACACCCUUCAGUUCCACCGUACCCCUCCGUAUCCUCAAUAAGGGCCCUGAGUACUUCAGGAGACAGGUGGAACCUAACCCUAAGCGCCUCAGUGCUGUUGAGAGACUAGAAGCUGACAAGGCCAAGUAUGUCAAGAGUCAGGAAGUUAUCAAUGCCAAACAAGAGCCAAUCAAACCACCUGUGCUGGCCAAGCCUCCCGUCGGUCACACCCUCCUGUCCAAGAGAGGCCCUGGGACUGGUGGAGGAGGAGGAAAUGGAGGCGGGUUACCUUUCAAAGCAUCCAAUAACAACGCCAAGGCAGACACAUGUGCAACAAGCAGCGGCGGCAGCAAACGGGACAAUUUAAACCUGGAGAUUCUAAAAAAUCUGCUAAACUCUUCGUCCUCUUCGGGAGCAGGAUCUGAAGGUCUAAGAGGUGGAGCUAAGAGUGCUGUGCUGAUGAGGUCAUCAGGGGGAAUGGCUAGGAGUUGGACGCCAUCAGGGAUGCCGUUAACCUACCGCUCUACAAUGACUCUUAAUGAGCAACCAGCUGACUCAGCUCCCAGUCCGAGCACCUCGCACUCCCUCCGAUCCUUCUCCCAUUCCCUGAAGGUCCCUCCAAUCAACAGCGGGGGACGUCGCAGUCCGCAACAGGGAGGAAAUCUAAACCUUAGUAGACGAGUCCUGGACGAGAGAGCAGGUGAAGGAGGAGUUAUCGAUCGAUCUCGCUCACCACUACCGCCUCUGCUCACGUCCCACUCCUCGUCCGACCUCCUGCGACUGUGCAAUGGCAAGCCGCUCCGCACAGCCCGAUCCAGCAGCUCCUCAGCUCCACCCCUCCCCCCAAAACCCAAUCCCGCCUCCCUCCCUCCUCCCGCACUUUCCUUGUCACUGCCCCCCCCACGUCCAACUCCGUCCCCCUUACCCUGUGACAACACCACCCCUCUGUCGUUACCUUGUGAUCUGGGAGACCGUUCCAAUACUUCAACCGAUCCCAACCUGGAGCUUGAGCUUGGUUCGUCUGUUGUUCGUCGCUCCUCGCUACACAGAUCUAAAUCAGACCUGUCAGACCGGUACGCCCGGGCUGGAGCUGACGUGGAACGCUUUUUUAACUACUGCGGCCUUGACCCCGAGGAGCUGGAGGCAGUAGGUCCAGAGAACUUUGCACGGGCCAACUCGGAUAUCGUCAGCCUGAACUUCAGAUCAGCCUCUAUGAUCUCUUCCGACUGCGACCGGUCGCGGCGAUCUUCCAACGAUGCACUGUCAGACGGGGACGAAGACGAGGAAGAGGAGGCUGGAGAGCGUGUGCCAUAUGGCAUCUCAGCUGUGGAGCGAAAUGCGAGAGUCAUUAAGUGGCUGUACAGCAUCAAACAGGCGAGAGAAACACAAAAAGUCUCACAUGUUUAGGACAAACACUACAGUGGAUUAGAUGUACUGUAAACUAUAGACAAACCGCCCCAUGUUUCAGAAAUGAUACAAGGACCAGAAUUCCUCACAGGUUUAGAGGCCAUGAUCUUGGGGCUGAACUGAAAUAUUGUCAAAAUGUAUAGAUGGAUGAAUGAGUGGAUGGAAGCAAAAUUCUGACAGGUCUGACAUAAACUAGGUAAGAAGACACAAUUUUGUUUAGAAAUUAAAGACGUGAUGAGGAAAAGGACUCCCCAGGCUUAGAACAACACGAACACUAAGAACAUAAAGGAAUAAAACUUCCUAUCAUAUGAACAAAAUGUUUAGUCUGGAGAGACAAGCAACCAUGGGACCUGUAUGAAAACAAAUAAGUUGAUUAAAUGUUUCUCUAUGGACACUGUAUAACUCUGGCAGACAAAGUCUGUCAAUUUGGUUGAGCAGCAAGAGCGAAAUGCACUAUGAUUGUCUAAGGACCCAUAAAGUGACCACCUCACUACAAAGGGUUAUAGGCCUUUCUCACAGAGAACAUUUUGGCUUGUCAAACACAGGUUUGACCAACAUUCCAUUUAGGACUGGUAGCCUGGUUUCAGAAAUCUGAAUCAUCAACUACAUCUCUGGGUUUGUGCUGGUUCACAGGUGUUUCCUCAGUAGGAUACAGCUGACUAAUCAAAGCAGUUGGUAGGCAUGAUAUGAAAAUUUCCCACACAACUCACAAUUCACAAUUAACUCACAAUUAAUCCUGGCCAAAAUAAUUGCGUAUAUUAUCCCAAUAAUCACCAAAAAAAAACUGCACUAAAACAUGCUGGAAUCACUUUACAUUUUGUUAAGAAGUAAAUAUUUUUUGUAAACAAAACUCCCCAUUCUCUGACAGUCAGGUGCUGGUAGGUCGCAGGGCCAUGUACUAAGAAAUUAGAUCAGUUACAGAUCAAAUAUUUAGGUUGUCAGAGAUCGACUCUUUGGCAGCGGUUCGUUGGUAUUUGAAAGUUAUGGUAAUUCAGUCUGAUUAUCAGUCUUUCAGUAUUUUAAUGUGUUAGCUCCAGGCUUUUGGCAGUGUUCAUCCUGGCUCAUGCUUACCAGUUCUGCCUGUGCUUUUCUUGCAAUGACAAGUCAAACUGCACACAUUGAGAAAGGCCUAUGUCACAGUGUUGAUGUCUUAGUUUAAACAACAGGUCCUGACAUCUUUGCAAAACAGAUACUGAACUCUAUCUGUCAAAAAAUCACUUGGAAAGUCAGUGAUGCUGGUACACUGUGCGGCUGUAAAGUCAGCUCAGUGAAGUAACUUGACAUUUGUUAUAGGAAUAAUCAGUUCAGCGCUAACUUAAUGGGUCACAAAGAUGAGGUUAUUAAUGCAUCAAGGUGUAAACUAUGACACUGCAAAAUGUUAGCAAACUCAUGAAACUAAGCUAGCUUUCCCUGAGCUUUAGCUGUUGUUAAGCUAGAUAUUGUAAUUGCUAAAUGAAGGCCUUGGAAUGUGUGAAGAUUGACGAAGGAAACAGAAGACAUUGGUACGGUGAUUUGGACAGAUACACACACAAUAUAAAAUAUAAUCUCUCAAGCAUACUUAUCCAUGCAGCAUUAAGGCUACACUAUCAUAUCAUUAACAAAUCAACUACUUGUUCAUGUAACCCAACAAAACAUUUCACCAGAGAGUUGUAUUGUCCUGUGAUGGGUUAUUCAGAGGCUGCUCCACAACAAAUCGUGACUACUUGUAAUUUGGGUCAAAUGGUUGAAUGUAAGGCUUAAUGUAUCACUACUGGUGCUGUCUAUGGGUGCCUUUACACCUGACUUUUUUGGUUGAAUUUAAAUGAACUCUGGUGCAUUUACCUGUUUAAUUUGGUCUUGUUUAGGCUGAACGUCAUUCAAACUAGGACCAACUGCAGACCAAAGACUGCUUAAGAAGUCUUGGUCAAUUUCCAACCACAAACAAAAAGGAGUUCGGUCUAGACCUGCUCUAUUUGAAAAGUAUCCUGAGAUAACUUCUGUUAUGAAUUGGCGCUAUACAAAUUAAAAAAAUUAAAUUAAAUUGAAUUGAAACUGUUUGUGGUGCAAACAUGAAUACAUCAAUUAAUACGUAAAUACGUAAAAAAAAAUUAACAGCUGGUAUUUGAAACAGCUAUUUUGAAAUUGCAGAGUAGAUUUUAAUUGUAUUAGUAAUCAUGAUUUAGCAAGCUAACUCUUAAGGGACAGCUCAAAAUCAACCUAAUAAACAACCUAAUAAUGAACCUUGUGGUGCUCAAAGCGCCAAAAAAAUACAUUUGAAAAACUAAACAGCAAUGUCUUUUUCCAGAAAUCAUGACCCAGUUACUCAAGAUAAUCCACAGACCUUGUUGUGAGCAUUUUCAUGUAGG